GGUUAUUCCUCGUAUCAUAAAGUUAUAGAUACUAGUUAUAAAGGUUAUUCCUCGCAUCAUAAAGUUAUAGAUAUUAGUUAUAAAGGUUAUUCCUCGUAUCAUUACGUUAAAGAUAUUAGUUAUAAAGGUUAUUCCUCGUAUCAUAGAAUUAUAGAUAUUAGUUAUAAAGGUUAUUCCUCGUAUCAUAAAGUUAUAGAUAUUAGUUAUAAAGGUUAUUCCUCGUAUCAUUACGUUAUAAAUAUUAGUUAUAAAGGUUAUUCCUCGUAUCAUAAAGUUAUAGAUAUUAGUUAUAAAGGUUAUUCCUCGCAUCAUGAAGUUAAAGAUAUUAGUUAUAAAGGUUAUUCCUCGUAUCAUAGAAUUAUAGAUAUUAGUUAUAAAGGUUAUUCCUCGUAUCAUAAAGUUAUAGAUAUUAGUUAUAAAGGUUAUUCCUCGCAUCAUGAAGUUAAAGAUAUUAGUUAUAAAGGUUAUUCCUCGUAUCAUUACGUUAUAGAUAUUAGUUAUAAAGGUUAUUCCUCGUAUCAUAAAGUUAUAGAUACUAGUUAUAAAGGUUAUUCCUCGCAUCAUGAAGUUAUAGAUAUUAGUUAUAAAGGUUAUUCCUCGCAUCAUAAAGUUAAAGAUAUUAGAUAA